AUGACAGGCACAGAGAAUCAGGCACCAGCAUCCUCACAACUUUCUCCUUUGGCUGAAUCGCACAAAUCUUCACGCGAUUCAUCGCCACAGAUCGAGAGUAGUCCGUUAAGGCCUGUCACUAAUGUUCGAGUACAAACACCAGAACUGCAAUUCAAAAAACGAACACACACACCUGAAUUUAAAGUAUAUAAUGAGAAUGCCACCUUCAAUAACCAACAAUCACCAACGCCUUCUCCAGUACGGAGUCCUCUUUGCGAAAAGAACAGCAGCAGCAGCAGCAGCAACAGCAGCAGUGUAUUGUCGUCACCCACAGUGGUUGUGCCUGGUGCGCCCGAACACGGACGACGUUCACCGGCAUCGACACGUCCCAAAUCGCCACCCACCCUCACAGCCAAAUCAACAAAGCCUAUGACGGACAACAAAAUACACGAGACGCUGCACGAAGAAGACAAUCAAGACCCAAUUGCUGCUCUUGCCAAACAACUCCAAGAACGAACAGCCCGCCUCGAGAAAUUAAAACAGCAGAAGAAAGACAAGGAUCAAGCGCUACGCGACGCACGAUCAAAGACAGCAAGCUUGCAGAAACAGCUCAAGGAGAUGAAAAGGGACAUUACAAACGCGGAAGCAACGUUACGUCGCGAAGAAACGGACGUACAGGCGAUUCGGGAGCGCGUACGCCAUAUAAACGAUGAAAUCGACGAUAAUCAAAACAUCAUUCAAGAAUUUGCCCAAUUAACACAAGAACAGGACAAGGAAGAUGUGGAUAAGGAAAAGGAAAUCGACGAAUUGAUGAACCUCAUACCCGAAAGACUUGUCAGGAUCCAGGAGCUUAAACUGUUGCUCGGUGAAGAAUAA